AUUAAUUUUUUGUUUUUAUUUCAGGGUUUUUAGCUUUAGCUGAUAAAACUCCGGAAUUGAUAGUUCAUCCAUCAGAUCCAAUAGUGAAAAUGGCGAUAUCGAAACAGGUGUUUGUGACCUGCAACCCUUCAGAUCCAAAUUUAGUGACCAACCUGAUGUGGCUGGACGUACGCAAUAAUGAAGUCAAAAAAGAAGGGCCUGAAAAAUCAAGACUUUCGACUUUGGUGUUAGGAUCGGAUGGAAAAUUGGCUCUAGUAUUCAGCGAAGUAGAAGAAAACGACUCAGGAAAUUAUACUUGUCAAGCGACAUACGCUGGAAGUCAAACAAUAAAGAAAUCAGUUUAUAUUCAAACCUACCGCACGGUGACGUGGGAAGAUGCGCCCAAAGAGCAAUACCCUGAGCUCGGUAAAGAUUUCAAAGUGAGGUGCAGAGUCACUGGAAAACCUGCCCCGAGGGUUGAAUGGAAAAUCAACGACAACUUCGUCAAAAAUGACGAGAGGUUCAUCGUCGAGACGGACGGACUCCUCAUCCGGAACGUGCAAAGAACGGACGACGGGAUCUACACUUGCAGAGCUUUCGUACUAGACACUGGCGAACUCUCAGAAAGGCAGAUUAAAGUUGAGGUUCAUAUUCCUCCUUCGUUCGAGAAUCCUACUUCAGAGACCAAGGAAGUCGUCGAUGGAGAAUCAGCGAGCGUGAGCUGCAAAGCUACAGGAAAACCCGAUCCGACCUAUAAAUGGAUAAAGGGCUCUUCCAGAGCCGAUUUGUCCAUGUCCAGUGACAGGUUCGCUGUCAACGACAAAACCGGCGACCUUACGAUCACGAAAGUGACCCACGAAGACAACGGAGACUUCAUCUGCUUCGCUUUGAACGCUGCCGGCCGGGCGGAGAAAAUCGUCAGGUUCACUGUCGUCAUCAAACCCCAGGUGAUGGAUGUGAAGAACGUGUCUUUCGUCGCUGGAGAAACUGCUAUUCUGACCUGCAAGGCCACUGGAAAUCCCCUUCCAGCAAUCACUUUCAGGAAAUUCACAUCCCCUAACAGAAUGAUCGCUGGCUUACAGCCUAAUGAAGACAGAAUCAUUGUAAACCAGAAGGAAGAUUUUGAAAAGGGGCAAUCAAUCGGCACUCUCACUAUUAAAAAACUUGAAAGGAAAGAUGACGGACUUUACGCCUGCAUAGCCAAAAAUAAAGGUGGUGAGGCGACCAAGAAUGGCCACAUAACAGUCGAGUUCCGCCCAUCUUUCGAGAACUCACCGAUGAAAGAGGCUUGGUCCUGGGACAGAAGGCCGGUUAAUAUAACUUGCGUUGCCGAAUCGAUACCGAACGCAACGAUCACGUGGAAGCUCAACAACAGAGAUAUCGAAAAAGAUCCUAAUUUCAGAAAGUUUGGACAUGGCCCUCAGAGCACUUUACUUGUAACUCCGAGUGACCGGAAAUUUUAUGGACAUUAUAAAUGUGUAGGGAGAAAUCUCCACGGUGAAGCUGAACACACGAUAGAAUUGAAAGAAGCAAAGGUCCCCUCUGAAGUUGCUCAAGCAAAAAUUGAAGUCAUUACUGCAACAACUAUCACAUUCUCCUUUGUCUCGCCAAAUGAUCAUGGAGGAAGACCAAUUAAAGCAUAUGUAGUUCAAUACAAAAAAGAUAGGGAGACAUGGCAAGAAAGUUUGAAUAAAACAUGGCCAAGAGAUUCACCAUACAUUCUAGAAGGCUUAGAACCGCAGGUGCAAUAUUUCUUCAGAUUUGCCGCUUUGAACGAUGUCGGUUUGAGUAGUUGGGGGGCAAACCAGCAGCACAUCAUGCCCAAGCGUUCGAGCCCUGAGGAGCCAAUCAUACUCAACAAACCGAUCCCGCCUCAUGACUAUGUCAUUUCACCUUUUGGUGACAGAUACGAACUUAGAUGGAAAAAGCCUGCCGAUAACGGCGAGUACAUUGACAGCUACAUGAUUAAAUACUGUGUUGUCAAUCGGAUAAAUAAUGCAUGGGAGGAGACUGACAGGGGUUGUGAGAAAUUAGAACUGAAAAGCACAGAGCUUACGUCAACCAUCAUCAAUAAUUUAGCAUCCGAUUCUUUCUAUAAGGUAGAGAUCUGGGCGCACAACAUAAUCGGAUUCAGCACUCCUGGCCAGUUAUUUUUACAAACAGCAAGAGGAAGUGACACGAUGAUGUAUCACAACAGUGAUGCCCACCUUUCCAGCUCUUUGUUAAUCGUUGUUGUCGUAGCGGCGUUAUUGGUGAUCCUUAUUAUUGUCGAUGUAUCUUGUUUCUUUGUCAACGACACAGGUAUUCUGUGGCUGAUGUGUGGAAAAAAGAAAGCUAGAUCAACAAGAGAAGAAGAUGCAAAGCUUGGAAGCGAGGCCAAAGGACUGCUGAAAAAUGGUAACCAAGAUGGAAAAAUCAGAAUUGAAGGCACUGACAGUUAUAAAAGAGAUACAACAGUUGAGUAUGACAUGAAGAAAUCGGUUUCACGAACCAGCUUCGUAGGAAAGGAUUCAGCAGUGUAAUUGGAAAAGAAUGGAUAAGUACUUUAUAAAUGUAUAAAAUUUGACCACUUCAUUGUGGUUUUGUCGCCUUAUUAUCAUUAAUUUCAUAAUGCAUUUUCAUUUAUACCAUUGUAAAAAAAAGUAUUAAAAAAAAAUGAAGCUACAAAGUGAAAGACUAAAGUGAAACCUAUCACCCAUUUUGAUAUUUUUAAUUGGAAGACCAUGAGCUUACCAUUGAAAAAUUGUAAUUUUUUAAUAAACUUUUUAUUUCAGAAAAUAUAAAGGGACCGUACAAAUUAAUAUUACAAACUAUUUUAAAAAUUUCUUAAAACUUAAAUUGUUAAGUUUGUCCAAUGUGUAAUUAAGUCCCAUGUUUUAUUUUGUUUUAACUAAUCAAUCCUCAUGAAUUUAUCGCAAAUUUGUGUCAUCUACUUUGUGGUGUUGAAAGGAAAAAUUAUUUAAAUGUAAAUACAAAUUCACAAAUUUUUGCGUUGUCUAUGUGUGAACAGGUUCAAAGACAAGCAAACUAAAUGUUUUACAUUUUAUCUCAACCUUUGUAUUACUGUACAGUGUGCACUGAUGAAAUUCCAAAGAAAAUAGUUUUUUGGCUGACAUUAAUUGUGAUACUAUAUUGUCAUUUAACUUGUCUAGUAUAUUUUCAUAAUAUAUGUAUAAUCUUUCUAUUAAUAUUACGGAAAAAAUUGUUUACUUAAUUAGGUAUAAGGUUUCUUUAAUUAUUAUUGAAAUUAUUGCUUUUAUUGGAAAAAGUCAGCUCGAUAUGUUUAAUAAUUAAUUAUUCUUACUUAAAAUAAUGCAUUAUAAAUGUGUAUAGUUGGUGCAAAGUGUUUGUAUAUACAAAACUUAUGAGAUAUAUAUACACAAUUUUGUUAUACUACAGUGGGAAUGUAUGUGUACGCUUGCAUUGUGCUUGUUUCUGCAAUGAUACUGUAUAUCAAAAUUUUGGAAAUUCCAAAACAUUUUUCAUAUUUUUGUUUGUCAAUUUAACCUAAGACUGCCGACAUAAAAUAUAGACAAUAAUGCUCCUGGAAAAGGAAAUAAAAUUGAACUUAUUGCUACUUAUAGAGUUGCAAAUAUUAGAUUGAAACAACAUUCUUAUUCUUUUCAUUUUUUUUAAAUUUUUUUAUUUUAAGUCAUACAAUUAAAACAUAUUUAGAAAUUUAUUAUCAGUAACAUCACAAACAAAGCAUUUUUGUGUAUUAGUUGACUCUUUUAUUUAUUUUAUUAAAUGAUUACUAUUUCUUAUAUUGUAUAAAAAUGUUGUAUAAAGAUGUGAAUUGUACUGUGAAUGGUCAGAGCGCAUUUAUAAAAUUUUGUCAGCUCUGUUGAUGCUGUGUUUGUGAAUUAUGAUAGGCGCUUCCAUGUUUGCAGAAAAUUAUCUUUUAUGUGUUUUUAAUAAAAAUGUAAAAACCAUAA